AUGCGUCCCUACAUCACUUACUUGGUAAGCUGCGCAAUGAUGGUAGCCUGGGGCAACAUCGGCGGUGGAAUAAGCGCGCAAAUAUACAGAUCCGAUGAUGCUCCUGCUUAUAAGACUGGUCAUACUAUUGCAAUAUCAUUUGUAGUUGCUGCCGUAAUUUUAUCCAUAAUUCAAUAUUAUUUAUUGAACAUUGCUAAUAAAUCUAAGCUUAAAGAUUCUGAAAAUUCUUUAAAAAAAUUAAAUGAAGAGGAUGUUAUGCGUUUGGGAGAUUUACAUCCUUCAUUUAUUUAUAGGUUGUAA